UUUUCCGCGGGUUUCUGGCUCCUGUCAGCUCCCUCAGGUGAACAUAUUCGACGACCUUUGAGAUGACUGAAGUGGCUUCAAGCCGCCCUGAGAUGACAGCGCUGGCUCCUCCUCCGGCACCGCUGAGCAACAGUAGGAAUUCUUCUCCUUCCCGCUCACUGUCCAAUAACAGCAGCCCUUCAGGCUCCCGGAGGAAUUUAGCAAAAGAGCGACGGGAUGACGAAGACAAGACACAAGAUAUCUCAGAGGCGCUGCGGGAUAAGGAGCGUCGUACACAGCAGCAGCUGGAUCGCUGCGCCGAGGAGCGAGGGAGGAAGAUGGAGGAGCAGAGGAGGAAGGAGCAGAAGCGCAGGACAGCCGCUGGGGAGAAGAGACGGCAGCAGCAGGAGGCAGAGAAGGAGAGGCUGGAGGCCCUGGUCCGCCGGAGAGCCGGAGGAGCUGAGAGAAGAGGAGGAGGAGGAGGAGGAGGUGGAGGAGGAGGGGGGGAGGCCCGGGACCACCUGGAUAACAGGCCUAAACGCUGGACAUGGGGAGGACCGCCUGAUGGAGUAGAGGGUAACCCUAAGACCCCGCCCUGCAAUGCCAUUGGCUCCGCUCAGCCCAAUGAGCUUCCUGCUGCUUCCAGCGCCAGCCAAUCCCGUAACGUUAGUGACUUCCUGUCUCCACCCGCGAUGGAUCCGCCAAUCAACAAACAGCUCUCCAACUCUUCAGCCGCCCUUCAUUCACCAGAGAGAGAGUCUCCGGGCACGCCCACAGGCAGGAGUGUUGGUGGGACGACGGAUGCCGAGGAGGCGUCCAGACUGCUGGCAGAGAGACGACGUCUGGCCCGAAUACAGAAAGAGCAGGAUGAGAGACAACGGCAGGAGGAGGAGAGGCUGAGGGCCGAGGAGGAGCAGAGGAGGCAGCAGGAGGCGAGAGAGAGGCAGGAGAGAGCUGCACAGCAGGCCGAGGAGGAGAGAGUGAGGCGGGAGGAAGACAGGAGGAACAAGGAGGACGAGGAGAGACGACAGAAGGAGCAGAGAUGGAAGGACAUGCAGGAGCAGCUGGACAGAGAGAGGGAGGAGGCCUUCCUGCGAGCCCAGAAAGAGGCAGAGAGGAAGAGGCAGGAGAGGGAGCUGCUGCACAUCCAGGAGGAGCAGGAGAGACUCCAGAGGAAGAAGAGAAUUGAGGAGAUCAUGAAGAGAACACGGAAGAGUGAAGUGGAGCCUCUGUCUGGUGCUGCAGUGUCUGACAUGAUGCCAGAGGCUGCGGUCCCCUCGGAGGAGGACGCCCCAACUCCGGCUGAAGCCUCCGUCAUCACACUCGGACCCCUGGAGAAUAAGAGCUGCAUGGACGAGCUGUCUGACGGAGUCCAGUCCAUGGAUGUCAGUUCUCCAUCUGUCUCCAUCAGUCCAGUGUCCAGGGAGGAGCAGGCGAGUGCUCAUGAGUUUUCACCGGUCACAGAGGGGUCAGACGGCUGCCCCCUGGAGCACCUGAUGGACCUUGACGCCCACGGACGAGGACAGCGUCAGGGUGCGGAAACGUCCCCUUACCCCAAAUUGCAGGCCAGCAGCGGGGUCGGAGACCUCAACAAGAACCUGCUGAUUCAAGCGUACAGUGCCGCCUCUGAAACCUCCCAGCUCAUCCACAGCAUCGGCCCGAGCAAACUGGACGUCCAGUAGCCAGGACCUUCUUCAGGAGCUGGCAGGUUCGGUAGAAACAGGAGCCAGGAGAAACAGACCAAGAGACCAUCACCUCUGUCUGCAACAACAACAACAACAACAACAACAAUCAUCAAUUCCACAAGGAGCAAAUGCUGAACAACUAAUUCACAUCUGUAUUACCAAACCUCGCAAACUCCUAACAGUAAAGCUUCUGGACACACUUUGAGGCAGUGCAAGUGGGCAAUUCUGACUCUCACACAACAAAAUCCUGCAAAUAAUGUAUAAAAGUAUAUUUAUGACAUGA